GCUGCGGUACGCCAACAAAAUCCACACGGCGUGACGCCAUAUCUCGAAAACUUUGGCCGCUGCCCAGGCGGCGCUACCCUCUUAUCCUCUUCCCCCCGGGGCGAUGGUGCUCGGCUUUGAGACGGCCCAACGCACCCCGUCGACUGUCUUGCCUGCGCCCUCGCCCUCUUCGCACAGCGUCGUCAGCGCCGCCGUCCCCGUUCCGGACCUCGACGGUCGACAUGAGGAUCACGCGCAUAUCUUGUCGCACGCCCCCACUACCGCCGGAUCGUCUCGCGCUCAGGAUAACAUGAGAUCACAAGAUGGAGAAGUCGAAGGGCGUCCGCCUUUUCUGCACUGCAUGCUUGCUGGAGGACUAGGUGGUUCAACAGGCGAUAUGCUCAUGCAUUCGCUCGACACAGUCAAGACGCGGCAGCAGGGUGACCCCCAUAUCCCACCGAGAUACACAUCGCUAGGAUCGUCCUACCUCAAAAUUUUCCGACAGGAGGGGAUACGACGAGGACUGUAUGGAGGUUGGAUACCGGCCCUCGCCGGCUCGUUUCCCGCCACAUGUUUCUUCUUCGGCAGCUACGAGUGGAGCAAGCGGCAGAUGCUUGACUACGGUGUCCAGCCUCACCUGGCCUAUUUGCUAGCCGGCUUCAUUGGUGACUUGGCGGCGUCCACCGUAUAUGUCCCAUCCGAGGUAGUCAAGACACGCCUGCAGCUACAAGGGCGACACAAUAACCCCUAUUUUACUUCGGGGUAUAACUACAAAGGCACGACCCAUGCUGUGAGGACAAUCGUUCGAAGCGAGGGCAUGUCCGCGCUGUUUUAUGGCUACGGCGCUACUUUGUGGCGCGACCUACCUUUUUCGGCACUCCAGUUCAUGUUCUACGAACAGGCACAGAGUUGGGCGCAUCAAUGGAAAGGGAGCCGGGACAUUGGGUGGCAAUUAGAGCUCCUGACAGGGGCGGCGGCUGGUGGCCUUGCUGGCACAAUAACGUGUCCUCUUGACGUUGUCAAAACGAGACUUCAAACCCAGGUUCAUCCGGAAGCCGGUGGGCUCGGCCCGGCGCCAACCGACCCACCACCACCGAGUUCGGGAACGACCAAGGAGGGGCAGGGCGCUAGGGCGACCUCUGAGACGUCCCAGCAGAAGCUGCAAAAGCGGUUGAUAUCAACAUCCUCACCCUCGACACACACACCCAAACCCGGGGCCGUCACUCUUCAGACUUCCUCGAUGAUUACAGGCCUCCGAUUAAUUUACAGAAGCGAAGGCGUUGCGGGGUGGUUUAGAGGGGUGGGGCCGCGGGCUGCUUGGACAAGCAUCCAGAGUGGGUGCAUGCUGUUCCUCUACCAGUCCAUCUUGCGCAAGCUAGAGGCGUACAUGCCCAUGGAGCGGCGCGAGCUUGUCUAGUGAUGCGAAUCUAGCAGGCCAGCGUCGAUGUAUUCUGUAUAUAGACCAUUUGUACAAUUGUUGUGUUCGAUACCGGGGCUGGGGAGGCAAACUGGGAGGGCGUUGGGUGUCGGCUGGAUAGAUACGUGCUAGAGAUUAGAUGUGUACAUGUACGAAUCUUCAUUCUUCAACUUCUUCUAUCACGGCCAAAAAAAAAACUUCGAGG